ACAUAGAAUUUGUUUAUGAAUACAAGAAUGACAAUAAUAUGGUACUUGACAAUUAUCAAAGUGCUAAAGAUGCUAUUACAGUCGGUCAAUCAAAAUUUUAUCUCAUGAAAGAAGUAUAUACUGGUCAUGUGACAUAUCCCUGA